AUGGAAGUGAGUUGUCUAACAUGAGCAAUGCUCAUAGCUCAAAAUCAUUGUUGUUUUUUUCCUCAGACAGAAAAAGAGAUAAAAUUAGACGAAACCAACGAGGCAUUGCAAUUUCUCAUCGAAAAUGCGGCAACCAAAGAUCCGAAGGUUCAAGCCGAGUUCGUAAAUCAGGUUCGCAAUUUGAACGAUCAAAUUGGCGCUUAUCAGUGGGCGCAGAAGAAACGAUUCGGGUUUGAUGAGAGCAGUUGGAGACAUAUGGCCAAGAGGUGAAUUUUGUUUUUUGAAACCGAAAAUCCUGAUUUUUCCACGUUUCAACCUGCAAUUUCGAAUGAAAUUUAUGUUUUCUAGUAGUUUUCGACCGAAAAUUGCAAAUCUAAACUUCUAACAUGAAUUAUGACGUGGCAAAUUGGAAAAUUGCGACUUUAGGAGGUCAAACUUCGCUUUCAAAAUGAUUUUCAUCAAAAUCUCAUAGAAUAGCGUCAAGUUCCAACCAAAUUUUGAUGAAAACCACUUUGAAAGAGAGUUUUCACUUCCUAAAGUCGAAAUCUUCCAACUUUGCCACGUCAUAACACAUGUUAGAAGUUGAGAUUUGCAAAAAAAACUUCUAGAAACCAGGAAUUUUCUUCAAAACCUCGAUUGCAAGCUGAAAAACAAGAUUUUCACACGAGACCCUAACUUAGCCUAAUUCACAAUAAUUUCUUCUCACAGAAUGACAAUGCUAAAAAACGAGGGCUUCGAUUGUCGUCCAAAUACUCGAAAAGCAAAAGAAAAGAAGGCGGCGUGUGACAACAAGGAAUCGCAUCUCGAACAAUUCUUCUUGAAGAAAAAACCAAAGACUAAGAAGAAGAAGGGACCAGGUGAAGCUUAG